CCAUGAUAUUUAAAACCCCCCAUUGUGUUGGCAAGCCAGACAGCAUUUCAGGUGUGCCUCAUUCAGGUGCACAUGAUGCGGAGAUGCUGAAUAGUUGAUGAGAGAAUCGAGACUGGCAGUGAUGAAGGGAAGGAGAGAAUGGAAAGUCUUGUGCUUGCGAUCCUCUUCGCUACCCUGCUUGGACAAACAAGAGUGCUGAAGAAUUAUUGUGUGUGUGAGCAAGUAAUAGGGAAGAAAGGCAAGAUCAGCAUAAAAGAAGUCCAGAAAUAAAAUUGCCAGAGGGGAGCAGUGAUGUCAAAAGUGGUUUCGUGAUCAGCGUGCUUAGUCAGGGACCAGAGAUGGAAAAGCAAGCACCUGGGACCCACGGAUGCUUUAGCUGGGACGCAUGGAGAAAUCUGCUGCUGCCCCAGUUAAACAGGCAGUCUCUGUAUGUGUACGGCAGCGAAGUGGCUGUGGAGAAGGAGUGUAUCAAACAAAGAGAGAAAGGAGUCUUUGUCAUUCAUCCCUUCAGUCCUUUAAGGAGUUACUACAUAAUGUGCAUGGUGGCCAUAACCUUUCUGAACCUCAUUGGGAUCCCGAUAGAGAUUGCUUUUUUAGAUGGUCAAGGCGGAGUGGGCUGGGAGGGAUUUAAUGUCUUCUCAGAUACUCUGUUCCUUGUAGACGUCGGACUCAACUUUCGUAUGGGGAUCAUUUCCGAGGACAACGAGGCGGCCAUUCUCGAUCUGAAAUCCAUUCGACAAAAUUAUUUAAAGAGUUGGUUUAUACCAGAUAUGAUCGCGGCAUUUCCAGUGGGUUACAUCCUUCUAAUUGCGGAUCUGCAAUAUCAUGGUGAUUCUCCAUCUUCUAAAGCCAGUAAAAUGGUGCGGAUCCUUAUGUUCGUGCGGAUCCUCAGCCUGGUGCGUCUGCUGCGUGUCUCUCGCCUGGUUCGCUUCUUUAAUGAAGUGGAGAAAGUGUCGAAUGCCAACCUGGAAGUAGUUCGAGUUUUGUUCAGAAUCCUGUCCCUGUUCAUGAUGAUUUUUCUGCUGUGCCACUGGAACGGUUGUGUGCAGUAUUUUGUUCCAAUGCUGGAAGAGUUUCCAUCAGACUGCUGGGUUCGACGAGAAAAUCUCAUGAACGCUACAGUGGGAGAGAAAUAUUCCUUUGGUGUCUUUCGUGCACUCUCACAUAUGACGGCAAUAUCAUACGGUUCCUCUGACACACCUACAAAUGAGGUAGAGCUGUGGAUUGUCAUGACCAGCAUUGUAUCAGGAGCUCUAAUGUACACAGUGCUGGUUGCCAACACAGUCGCUCUGAUGACUGACACAGACCUCACAGCAAAAGCAUACAAGAACAAGUUGAAUCAUCUGGAAGACUAUAUGACCUCCAUGAAGCUUCCCAAAGAGCUGCGUAUUCGCAUCAGUAAUUACUUUCAGGCUCGCUUUGGGGGAAAGUGGUAUGAUGAAAAGGAUGUACUAAACUGGGUGUCUUCAUCCAUUAAGGAGGAGAUUUUGAUGAUCAUGUGCUCGGGCCUUGUGAGAAGAGUCCCCUUCUUUCGCAAUUGUGAAACAAACUUCAUCAAUGCCAUCCUUUUCCAUCUGCAAUAUGAGGUUUUUCAAGAGGGUGACGUCAUUGUAUAUCAGAACAGCCCUGGUGAUCGCAUGUUCUUCAUCGAGCGUGGACAGGUCAUGGUGGAGACAGAGAAUUCUCAGAUAGAGCUAUGUGAUGGGGGCUACUUUGGAGAGACAUGUCUCAUGACCAGAGGAAAACAUCUGGCUACAGUUCGAGCUCAGACCAUAUGUCAAGUCUUUUCUCUGUCUGCAGACAGUUUUUACAAAGUGCUCGAAGACUACCCAGAGGCUUUGAAGAACAUGAAGAUAACAACCAAAGAGGCCAUAAAUUUUAUUUGCUAUCCUUGAUUGUGAUCAUAUUUAGCACACUGGAGAGUGCCUAUAAAAAUUGCUCUCCUUUUGUCUGUAAGAAAGAAAGGUUUUGUAGUCCUUACUUUAUGGUAAUGAACAGCACUCUUUUAGUUGUUUACGUUUAUUGAUUUUAAAAG